AUGCAAGGCUGGCUCAGUUUCCCCACGCUCUGUCACUUCCUUCUCCCGUGGGCCUUCACCACCCUCCACAAAGCCCUGGGAGACCCAGCAUCCUACCGGGGCCCCCACUACCUCCUGCCCCCCAUCCACGAGGUCAUUCACUCUCGUCGUGGCGCCACAACCACGCUGCCCUGCGUCCUGGGCACCCUGCCUCCCAGCUACAAGGUGCGCUGGAGCAAAGUGGAGCCAGGGGAGCUCCGGGAAACGUCGAUCCUGAUCACCAACGGACUGCACGCCCGGGGCUACGGGGCUCUGGGGGGCCGAGCCAGGAUGCGGAGGGCGCACCGGCUGGACGCCUCCCUGGUCAUCGCGGGCGUGCUCCUGGAGGACGAGGGCCGGUACCGCUGCGAGCUCAUCAACGGCAUCGAGGACGAGAGCGUGGCGCUGACCCUGCGCCUGGAGGGCCAAGUGUUCUUCGUGCCCGGGCGGCUGACGCUGUCUGAAGCCCACGCGGCGUGCCGGCGGCGCGGGGCCGUGGUGGCCAAGGUCGGGCACCUCUACGCCGCCUGGAAGUUCUCGGGGCUGGACCAGUGCGACGGCGGCUGGCUGGCGGAUGGCAGCGUGCGCUUCCCCAUCACCACGCCGCGGCCGCGCUGCGGGGGCCUCCCUGAUCCCGGAGUGCGCAGCUUCGGCUUCCCGCAGCCCCAGCAGGCCAGCUAUGGGACCUACUGCUACUCUGAGUAGGGGCCCGCCGCACACCCUCAACGCGCGCGACGAAGCCUGGGAGGCCUGGUGGGAGGUUCUUGCCGCCCCUUUCUCUCGAGCCUCUCCUCCCGCCAGGUGAGGGGCAGCCCCUCCUGACCCGCCUUCCUGGCCGUGGGCUGCGCACGCGGAUCCCGCUGGUCGGGUGUCGGGACGGAGGGAAGGUGGUGGCGU